AGUGCAGGAGCGCGUGAGUUCUUACGUUAUGACGUCAUCGUGACGUAGCACGUAAAAUGAAAGCUUACGUGACGAAGCAGUUCCGGAAGUAAGAGUAAGGUCUUUAAGGCUCGCGGACCUGUUGGGACGUGUUUGCCUUUUAAAGUCUUCUUUGUGAGGCCAUCAUGGCAAACGGACACAUAGAAAUCCACGACCCCUUCGCCGACGGCGCUGGCGGCGACGGCCAAGAAGCCACCUCAGACGAGGCGAACCUGCAGAACGCGGAGGAGUUCCGCCUCAUGAUGGUCUACGCCCAGAGGCGGCUGGGGAAGAAGCCCAGCGAGUCGUCCGUGGAGGGCUCCGACCCGGCCGACGCCACCUCGCCCAAGAGCGAGGAGGAGAAGACGCCGGGCAAGAAGAAGAAGAAGAAGAACCGGCAAUGGAAACGUCUGUCCAGCAUUUUGAGAUGCAUCAAACCGGAGACGGACAGAACUCACAAAGAAGCUGAGAGACAACCUGUGACCAACUACUGUGCAGGUGACCACGAGGACGAGGAGGAGGAAGAGGACGAGAUGGAGAGAGUGGCGAGCAGGCUGACCGACAUCGCCGACGACAUUCCCUUCGUCCCGCCCGAGUUGGAGCCGGAUUCGCCCAAAGAGGACGCCGAAGUGGAGAAGCUGAUUGGCCUCCUGCUGAGGAAGUGUGGAGACCACUACAACCAACAGGUGACCAAGGAGCUGAGAGAAGCUUUAAGGAACACGCGACUGUGGAACUACACUUUCUACGAGAGGUUGAUGCAGACGGUCCUGAUCAGGAUGGGACUCUUCAACCCGGACCCUGAAGCUCCCAGUCCUCAAACGUCCCCACAGACUCAGAUAGCCGUCGCCUGUGAAGUCACAAGUCGCCUCUCUGCUGCUGACACGCUCGCCAUGAACCGCUUGAUGGGAUACGGCGCCACCUAUCUGCAACAUCACUUCUCCUCCUGGGCUAAGCAGCACGGCGGUUAUAUGGGAGCCUUCAUCAGUAAAGAUGACGACGAUGAAGAAGUCCAGUAAUCUAUUUUUGAAGAUGUUUGUUUACGCCGAUUUUUCUAUUUAAUAAUCACAUUUGACCAAGUGACACGAUCAGGGAAAGCAUAUUUGGAUAAGAGUGUGAGAAUCACAUAAUGGUGUUUGGAUGAAAUGUUGGGCCGAAAUAAAGGAACACUGAUGUCAAAAA